GACUGAUAGCUAAGAGACAGACAGUUGCUGCUUCACCUGCACCGCCUCACAAACAGAACCUGUCUGAUCACAUCAGAUCACAGUUUGAUUUAAAGUCAGCUUCUUCAUCACUCUGAAGAGGAGAUCUCAACACUUCAGGAGGACCAGGAGACCUGGAGAUGGGGAGUUCAGGUUCAACACCAAGAUCAAGCAGAAGAUUGAGCAUAGACCUCCCUACUGAUAUCAGAGAGAUGCAGCAGAGAAGAGAUGAAGUCAGAAGAGAUGCAGAAGAGAAGAGAUGAAGUCAGAAGAGCAGGAUAUGUUUCUGGAGGAGCAGGAGCAGGAGUAGCAAUAGGACUCCUGCUCCUUGCAGCUCCAUUCACUGGGGGGGUUAGUUUAGCAGCAGUAGUAGCAUUACUGUUUGCAGUAGUAGCAGGAGCGUUAGCAGUAGCAGGAACAGCACUAGGAGCAACAGUAGGACUAGGACACCUGUUCUUUGCAGCUCCAUCCCCCAAGGGGUCUAGUUUAGCAGAAAGAGAGUUAGCAGAAGCAGGAGGAGCAGCAGGACCAGUAGUAGAAAGACCGUUAGCAGUAGUAGGAAGAGCAGUAGCAGGAGGAGCAGCAGCAGCAGAAGCAGCAGUAGUAGAAGGAGGGUUAGCAGCAGCAGCAAGAAGAGCAGUAGCAGAAGCAAUAGGAAAAGGAAUCUUAGCAUCAUUUGGAGGAGCAGUAGCAGGAGGAGUAGGAGCAGCAGUAGGAAUAGUCCUGGUCCUUGCAGCUCCGUUCCCUGGGGCGGCUAGUUUAGCAGCAGGAUCAGUGUUAGCAGUAGCAGGAGGAGCAGCAGGAGUAGGACUCCUGGUCCUUGCAGCUCAGUUCACUGAGGGGGCUAGUUUAGCAGCAGUAGGAGCAGGAGUGUUAGCAAUAGCAGGAGGAGCAGCAGCAGGAGGAGUAGGAGCAGGAGGAGUAGGAGCAGUGGUAGUAGGAAUAGUACUGGUCCUUGCAGCUCAGUUCACUGAGGGGGCUAGUUUAGCAGCAGCAGUAGGCGCUGUAGCAGGAGGAGUAGGAGCAGUAGUAGGAGUAGGAAUAGGACUCCUGGUCUUUGCAGCUCUGUUUACUGGGGGGGUUAGUUUAGCAGCAAUAGGAGCAGAAGCGUUAGCAGUAUUAGGAGGAGUAGUAGCAGGAGGAGCAGUAGCAGCAGAAGACGCACAAGCAGGAGCCGCAGCAGGAGGAGUAGGAGCAGGAGUAGGUAUAGGACUCCUGGUCCUUGCAGCUCAGGUCACUGGGAGGGCUGAUUUAGCAGCAGGAGCAGCGUUAGCAGUAGUCUCAGGAGGAGUUGCAGCAGGAGCACUAGCAGGAGGAAGAUGAGCUGUGGUUGUAAAUGCAAUAAAAACAAUUAAAUAGAACAGAAGUAUAAAGAAAGUAGAAGAACUGGGGAAAGACUUUAUGGAGAUCAUAGAACCGCUGAAGAACAACCUGGUAGAAAUAAAGAGGACGGGUGAGAAGUUGGAGCAAAGAUCAGCUGAAGAUCAGGCUGGAAACACUCUGACAGACAUGGAGCGGUUUUGUAAAAGAUUCUAAGCGACGUGUUCAUUGAAUGAGGAAGAAGGAAGAAGAGGCUCGGGUCCAAUUGAGGAUUAAGCAAAGGAUUUAAUUACAACAGAACGAUGAAAUGACAUGACAAAACCAUAAAACACAAAAACACUGCUAGCAGCGGACUGGAAAAUAUGCUUCCCCUGGUGGAGUCACAAUUUAGCAGUCCUGAAAUCACCUCAGUAUCCCAAAUGUAUUCCUUUAGAAUUGUGAGUGGUUCCUUGAAUCUCUCCCAAGAUAAGGACACACCUCUGAAGGUUUACUCCAGGUCACAGACAGGGUCUUUAUAUGGGUAGUGCCAAUUCUAUUCCAGUCCUGCCUCAAGACCCAUCUCUUCACCUCAUGCAUUUAUCUUGUUUUAAUCUAGUCUGUGACAGCAGGGUGUGGCUCUCAAAGCUGUUUAAACAAUAGGUCUCCUUGUGUUGGGACAAGGAGCUUCCUCAUGUGUGCUGAAUGGCAGACAUGAUGUAAUUAUUCUUCAGAAGGUCGGGAAGGUGAGAGGCAGACAAAUGCUGAUUAAGUCUUGGUCAGUACUGAUACAAUUAUUUUCGCCCAGCUGCAGUGUGCAUUUAAUGCAUCUGAACCAAAAGUACACUGUUUUUAAAACAUCAGCAUUGUUUUUUACUUUUUAUAACCCAACAGUUUCAGUGAACUCUGAGACAAGUUUCUGAACUGGCAGGAAGAAGUAAAGUACUUUUGUCUGCAGCUGAAAUACUGAUGAGUUUCAUUAUGAAAGUCUUCAGAGUCACUGCGAACCCUAAAAAGUUAUGAUACUACAUCAAGCAGUCAUCUGAUCGCUGUCAGGAGGUGAAAGACUUAAUUGCAAAGUAGAGAUAGAAGCAGCAGUGAGAACAAAAAUACUGGUUCACAAUGAAACGGCUGACUGUUUGUGUUUGAACAUUUAUCUAACCAACUUGAUUUUUUUGUAACUGAAUCAGAUGAACAAUAAUACUUUAUGAUAUUUGAAAUGUUGGACCGAAUUAUUUUAUUGAGGCUAUAAAUAAAUUCAUGUUUAAUACCUUUAUCAGAGCUGAUCCCUGAAUAGAGGGGGAGCUGAAAGGAUGAUGAAGUGACUGAGGUAGUCAAACAUCUCCCCGGUGGGAAAGCCUCGAGGAUUGAUGAGAUCCAUCUAGAAAUGCUGAAAGUUCUGGGGGAGGGGGCUGUCUUGGUUGAUACGCCUCUUCAACAUGCGUGGAAGUUUGGAGCAGUGCCUAAGGAGUGGCAGACCUGGGGGAUGUUUCCCCUGUUCAAAAAGGGGGACCAGAGAGUGUGGACCAACAAAUCACACUUCUCAGUCACAAAUCCACUCCAAGGUGCUGGAGAGGAGGGUUCGGCCGAUAGUGGAACCUCAGACUGAAGCGGAGUUAGUUUUAACUCACACCUAACCCUAAACCUGUAACCCUAACCCCAAACCCCUAUCCCUGAACUUCGCAAACCCUACACUACCAUCAGUCUGACACCAUAAAAUCAUUCAAAUCCCACCUCAACCCCACCUGUUUAAACCGGUUUACUCAAUAUAACUUAGAAUUGAUUCACUUUCCACUACCAUAUUGUUUUUUAAAUUAGUGUCACAUUUUUCUCAUGUUAUGUCAUGUCUUGUCUUUGUCAUCGCCUGUCUUGCUGUUUUAUUAUGUUUUUAUCUGAUGUAGGGUUUUUGGGGGUUUUGUUUUGAAAUUAUUAACAAAUAAAAUGUAUUAUUAUUUGUAUUAAGAUGCUGAAAAUGUUUGUCAUGUGUUUUACAGAAUUGCAGUUCCUGGAGUCAUUCCCCACAGACCCCCGUGUUAAAAAAAAAUCAUACAGCAGAAAUAAACACUUUUAGUCUGGUACGUCUUGCU